UAUGACCUGUGCCAAGUGUAACCACGGUUUCUGCUGGAGGUGUCUGAAACCAUGGAAACCGACGCACAAAGAUUACUACAACUGCUCCGCCAUGGUGAGUAAAGCAGCUCGUCAGGAGAAGAAGUUCCAGGAUUAUAACGAGAGAUGCACCUUCCACCAUCAGGCCAAGGAGUUUGCGAUCAACCUGGAGAACAAAGUGUCGUCCAUUAACGAAGCUCUGCAGAUGAAGUCGCUGACCUUCGUCAUCGACGCCUGUAAAGUCCUCGCUCAGGCUCGAAAGGUGUUGGCCUACUCCUGCGUCUACAGCUACUACAACCAGGAGACGGAGAAGAUGGACGUGAUGGAGCAGCAGACGGAGGCUCUGGACCUGCACACCAACGCCCUUCAGAUCCUGCUGGAGGAGACUCUGCUGCAGUGCACCGACCUGGCCUCAUGUGUCCGGCUGCUGAAACCAGAACACCUGAACACCGGACUGGAGCUGAUCCGACGCAUCCAGGAGCGCCUGCUGGCCAUCCUGCAGCACUCCACCCAGGACUUCAGGGUGGGUUAUCAGUCCAAGAGCAGCCAGGAACCAGAAUCCACUCAGGCCUCCAACCUGUCCAACCACACCGACACCAACAAAGUGUCGAAGUCGGACCGAGCGUCGGACUCUGGAGACUCUGACAACAACAACUACACAGGUGAGGAUGGCGGUGAGGAGGCGGAGGACGAGGACGACGAGUACGAUGAAGAGUAUGUCCCAGAGUGGCACGAGGACUACGACGAGGACGACAUCGACUGAGGACGACUUCUUCUCCGAUGACGAUGAGUCCGAGAACCUGGAGAGGGACUUCAGCCCCUUCGACUGAACCAGAGGGAAAACUAAAACCUCCCGGAGUCAAAGGAAGAGAGAGAGAGAGAGAGGACGAGUCAGGCCCCCGCCCAGCUCCGCCCCCUCCUCACCACCAUUCGCUGCCACCUGAGAACGUCAGGAAUGACGGGAGACGAUCAAAGGGACGUCCUCCUUCACCUGACCCCCACCCCAACACAGCUGCACUCGCUUUUCCACUUACUGUAUUUUACCUUCUGUGUUUUCAUUAAGUCGCAGUACGGAGGACGACGAGGGUCACAUGACGCAAACAACACGGCCUGAGUUUGAAAGUCUGAGAGAAAAAAAUCUUGGUUUAAUCUUUAAAUUAUGAAAAUAAACGUUUGGUUCUAAAUUCAUUUUGACGUGAAAGUCAUCAAACAACUUCUCUGUCAUUUGUCUGGUUCCACUCUGAAACCAGUUCAAACCAGUUCAAACCCAAACUAAAAAUGAUCUUAAAUCAUGUUAAAACCAGUUUAAUCCCACUCUGAUACCAAUUAAGACCCAGUCUGCAACAUUUAAGGCCAGUUUGAGACCAAGUCUGAAACCAGGUUAAAACUAGUCUAAAAUCAUUUAAAUCCAGUCUGAAAACACCAGUUGUAAACCAGUCUUCAAAUCAAGUCUGAAUCCCAGUUUGAAACUGUUCACGUUUAUCGUCGUUCUGAAACCAAUCACAACCCAGUUUGAAACUUAAAACUAGUUCUACAACCAGUUUGAACCAAGUCUGAAACUGGUUCAGAAACAGUCUAAAACCAGUUAAAUCUCAAUCUGAAAUCUGUCUGAACAACAGAAACCAGUCUUUCAGAAAGUCUUUAUUUUUCUAAAAAUUCAGACAUAGAUUUUAAAUCCAGUAUUUUCUGUCUCUGACCCUGAAUUUAAAUCCGGACUUAAAUCUCAGACCUUCUUGUUGUUGUUGGUUUCUCGGCGUCUCCUCCAUACUGAACCACCUCGGCUCUGUCCUGGUUCUGGAUCUCGGUGGUUUUGGUUUCACCUGAAGGAUCUUUUCCAGAGGAAGUCUGUUAGUUUGAUCUUUGACAGAACAAAAUGUUUGUGUUUGUUUUUCCUGCUGCUGCUUUUUGGUCAGAAAAAAGGGAUUAUUAAUCCAGAUUCAGAGACGGUUAGUUCACCUGUCGUUCAUCUUUUUGUACCUGAUGUAAACUCAGUUAGACCUUAAAGAUAUCUUUGUUUCUUUCAUCACACGUUCUGCCUUGAUUUAUUUUAUGAUGGAGGUUGCCUUCAUUUGAGAGUAAAGAAAAAUAGAAGCGAUUAAAAAUGCAACACUUCCUCUGUAACUGUUCUCAGAUUUAGAUUCACUGACAGCAACAGUAAGAAAGUUUUUUUUACAGGAUGUUUCUAUGCAUCUGAAGAAACUGAUGUUGUGUUGAAUGAAUCAACGCUGACGGGUUGAAUCCUGAGCAGAGUGUCUGUAGGAGCUGUAAAUUCUGACAUCAGCCUCUGAAGUAUCACUGCAAUAACUGAUCGAUCGAUUAUCGGCUCACUGUCGCGUCAUUUGCUAAGCAAAGACUCUGUCACCUGCUCUGUUUUCUGUCUUUAAAAAGGACGUUGUGAGGAUGAGAUUUUGGGUUUGUUGUCGAGAACUCGGCGCUCUGCAGGAGUCGAGGGAUAUCUGAUAUUCCAGCUCCUGUUUGCUGUAAUUUUGAGAGAUCCUAUAUUCAUAAUGUUGAUGUUCUAUAAUGUUCUUUCUGGUUUCUUUGUUGAAGUCGAGCGACUUCAGCCAGCAAACUAAAUAAAAGCUUUUUCUGCUA